AAGAUUAUUCAUACUGGGGAGAAACCCUACAAAUGCAAUGAAUGUGGUAAAGCCUUCAACUGGUCCUCAACUCUUACAAAACAUAAAAGAAUUCAUACUGGAGAGAAACCAUACAAAUGUGAAGAAUGUGGCAAAGCUUUUAACCAGUCUUCAACGCUUACUAGACAUAAGAUAGUUCAUACUGGAGAGAAACCAUACAAAUGUGAAGAAUGUGGUAAAGCCUUUAAACGGUCCACAACUCUUACUAAACAUAAGAGGAUUUAUACUAAGGAGAAACCAUACAAAUGUGAAGAAUGUGGCAAAGCCUUUAGUGUAUUGUCAACCCUUACUAAACAUAAGAUAAUUCAUACUGGAGCAAAACCUUACAAAUGUGAAGAAUGUGGCAGUGCCUUUAGGGCAUUCUCAACCCUUACAGAACAUAAGAGAGUACAUACUGGAGAGAAACCCUACAAAUGUGACGAAUGUAGCAGAGCUUUUAACUGGUCCUCAACUCUUACAAAACAUAAGAGAAUUCAUACUGGAGAAAGACCCUACAAAUGUGAAGAAUGUGGCAAAGCUUUUAACAGAUCCUCAAACCUUACUCGUCAUAAGAAAAUUCAUACUGGAGAGAAACACUACAAACCUAAAAGACGUGACAGUGCUUUUGACAACACCUCAAACUUUUCUAGACAUAAAAGAAAUCAAACUGUUGAGAAAUCCUAGAAAUGUGAAGACUGUGACAAAGCCUUUAAGUAGUUGUCACACUUGAUUGUAGGUAAGAUAAUUCAUACUGGAGAAGCCAACUACAAGUGUGAUGAAUGUGGCAAAUAUUUAAUUCUCGCACCAUAUUGCACAGGAAAGCAUUUAUACUUGAGAAAAAUUGUAUAAAUACAAAGAAUGUGGAAAAGUCAUUAAUAUCUACUCACAUCUUAACAUCAGAGAGUUGGUACUUAAUAAAAGCAUUAUCAAUG